AUGAAGAUGACUCCGGCCGGUCUUUUGGUCUUCUCCUCGCUGCUGACCAGGACGCUAUGUGUCAUAGCUCCUCAGAUACCAGAUUUCAAGAUCGGUGACAAAAAAGUAAUCAACGGCCCGUUCUGGCAUGAAGUCUUCACGGAAACGUAUGAAGAACACGAGGAAGACCUUUCGACUACCACUUCGGAGCCUUUGCCUUUUUUUGAAGACGAUACUUCGACUAGUAACCUGACAGCGCAGCUCGGCAGUAGAGUUCACCUACAUUGCAGGGUACAUGACUUGGGAGAGAAAACGAUAUCCUGGGUCCGUCGUCGUGGCGACGAGCUUCACCUCCUAUCAUUCGGACGCCAUACAUAUUCAGCUGACUCCAGAUACUCUUUAGCCUUCGAGCACCCUAACGAUUGGCGUUUACUGAUACAGUACGUGAGCGAUAGAGAUGAAGGCUACUACGAAUGUCAAAUUUCGACGCAUCCGCCGCUUGUGAGGAGAGUUCAUUUGGGUGUUGUGGUACCGAAAGUAGAGAUCGUCGAUGAACGCGGCCGUCCAUUACAAGACAAAUUCUAUAAAGAAGGUUCAAUUAUUGAGCUGAGGUGCGUGGUUAGCGAGGUCCCGCAGCCGGCUAAUCAAGUUAAUUGGAAACACGGAUCCAGAAUGCUCAACUAUGACACGAAGCGAGGCGGAGUCAGCGUGAAGACUGAAGCCACAUCCAACGGCGCCCUCUCUCGGCUGUACAUAGCGAAUGCAAAUAGGAAUGAUUCGGGCAACUACACCUGUUCGCUGGCGGAUGUUGCAACUUCCGCUGUUUCAGUUCACGUUUUGAGAGGUGAAAAUCCCCUCGCGAUGCAACGUGGAGCUGCGUCUGCGUUAUCCCAUCCACUGGCGUCUGCGGUCGUUUUAUUCAUCAGCUGA